UACAGUUGACAUGUACUCUUGUUAACAACAACAUCAACACUCAGUACUUACUAUAAUUACAUAUCAACAAUUACUUACUUAUAAAAUAAGUAAUUUAAAAUUUAUUUUUAUUUCUCUUAUAAUUAUUUACUUAAUUAGUGUCUUAAGUUUUAUUAAUUAAUAAUUAUUAUUUAUAAAUUUUAAAUUAUAAUUAUAAAUUGUUAAUUAAAGUUAAAAAAAUGGUUCAUAAAAUAAAAAUGUGGAUCCCGGUUAUUUUAGCAAUCGGAUGGACACUUUAUUUAAAUGAUUGGACAAGAGCAAUAAGUUAUAAAUUAAUGAACGGUGAUCAUGUGGGUGCAUAUCAACUGUAUUUAGGUGACAAUGAUAAAUUAUUUAGUAAAAGUGAACUAGAGAAAUAUAAUAACAUAGAAAACGGUUUGUAUUUGUCUAUUUUGGGACAAGUUUUUGAUGUUACCAAAGGCGAACAAUAUUAUGGUAAAGGAAACACUUAUCAUGUAUUCGUAGGACGUGACGCAUCACAAGCAUUCAUAACCGGAGACUUUACAGAAAAAGGUCUAACUGAUGAUCUGUCAAGUUUAACAAACACACAAGCUAAAUCAUUAGACAACUGGUUGAAAUCUUAUCACGAAAAAUAUCAAUACAAAGGUAAAUUAGUUGGUAAAUUUUACGACCAAUACGGAGUUGAGACACUCGAGUUUCAUAAUUUUAAGACCAAGGUCUCAAAAGCUGAAGCUGAGCAGUCUGAUAAAGACAAAAUAAACAAAAAAUAUCCACCUUGUAACGUCGAGUGGAAUCCAGAAGGAGGAACCAGAUUCUGGUGUACCAAUCAAAGUGGAGGAAUACCUAGAGAAUGGGUUGGAGUACCGAGACAGUAUUACGAAAAUCCAUCGUCUCCACAAAAUAGAUGCGCUUGUGUCGAUCUGAAAAGCCAAGAUUAUUUAAAUAGCAAAGGAAACUUCCGAGAAUACAAAGACUGUGCUAAAGAUGCUACUGAAUGUUUCGUUAAAAAUUAAUUUUUUAUUAGUAACGAUAUGGAGUUAAUUAAGUGAUAAUUUGUUGGACGUAAUAGUAAUUAUUUAAUGAACAAUUGAAUGGAUUUCCGGUGAUGGUUUUACUAAACGAUGUUACUGAUAUUUAUAAUUUUUUACGAAAAUAAAUAAUUUAAUAUUAAA